UUUAAUAAUGAGUCCCCUAAAUAUGUCAACGUGUACUGUUGUGUUUCAACCAAAAAGAUUUUAAUCUGCUUUUCCUAAUUCCCAAGAAAAAGAUAAAUAAUAAACAAAUUUUCCUUGGCUUCGUCUUCAUUUCUUUCCUCCGUUGCAAAUUUCUUCAUCAAAUCCUUCGUUACAAGUACCACUCGAUGUCUGGAUCAGAAGACACUAUUCCGGUGUAUGUCAACUACAGGGACCCAUAUGUAGAGCCGAAAAUUAAGAAUGCAUUAGUAGAGAGCGGAAUUCCGUUAAAAUUUGUUGAUUCAAAAGCUGAUGCUAAGUUAUUCUGGGCGCAAUAUGAAGACAUAGACUUUGACAAGCUUUACAGUGAUGCUGGGACAAUGGCAUGUUCAUAUGUUAUACGAAAAGCACUCAUACGUAAAGAAUAUUUAUGGAACACUGUGGUAUAUUAUCUAGCGAAGAAUCCGAAUUCAAUUCUGAAAACUGCUGUCCCUGAAGCAUUCUCUUUAGAGCUAGAUUAUGCAGAAUUUUUAGACGAUUCGCUUAUGGAGUCGUAUGAGCUUCGACAGGAGCUUGAAAAUAAUGAAGCGUUAGAGCCCCAGCAAAGAAAAUGGUAUAUACUGAAACCAAGCAUGUGCGAUGGUGCACAAGGGAUUCGUAUUUUCUCUACAAUUGAGGAACUACAAGCUAUAUUUGAUUCGUUUGACGAAGCCUUAAGUGAUGAAGAUGAAGAGCUUAACAAGUCAUCUUGUGAAAACGAGGUAGAAAAUGCAGAUACAUGCACGGUUAAUGAUCGCAAUCCAGAAAACAAAAUUGUUAUUCAUCAGAUUCGCCAUUUCCUGGUCCAAAAAUACAUUGCUAAUCCUUUAUUGCUAAAUAAUAGGAAAUUCCAUAUCCGAGCAUAUGUUUUAGCCGUAGGUGGCUUAUCGGUGUAUUUGUUCAAAGAAAUGUUGUGUUUGCUUGCCAGAGACGAAUACAAGUCUCCUCAUGUCGGAAGUGAAAUCAACCUGUAUAGUCAAUUGAGCAACACAUGUAUCCAAGGAGAAGCUCCAAGAGAGGCUUCGGUACAAGCAUUUUGGAAUAGUUCUAUUAAGAAUAAGGAGAAAAUUUUUGAUUCUCUUGUACAAACUCUGGGAGAUGUUUUUGAAGCUGCUGCAACUACACAACGAAUUCAUUUUCAGCCUUUAAACAAUUCCUUUGAAAUUUUUGGUGUUGACUUCAUGGUCGACGAAGCUGAUCAAGUGCACUUACUUGAAGUGAAUGCUUAUCCAGACUUUAGACAAACUGGUGACGAACUGUCUGGGUUAGUUGAAAGAUUAUUCAAGUCUGUAGUUCAUACUGCGAUCGUCCCUUUUUUUGAUUCAAAGAACAAGUAUGAGACUUCUUCUGAUUUAGUAUUAGCCCGUGAAUUAAAGAUGUAUGGGUUUUAAACUAGAAAUAGAACUUGUUUUUUACGGGUUCUUUGAUGUCACAAUUCUGUCAGUUAGAGGGUUGUAUUAGUUUUUGAGUUUGUCAUAAAAAAAAUAAGGUAUAUACGGAAUAAAGUUAAUAAAAAUUUAAAGUUUAUAGAAG